UCGGCAAUAAUGUACAUACAUACAUCCUGGUGUAUUUGUAAAUACUUCAUCAUACUAGAGUACUACUACUUGUAGUCAUACAGCAUGGACUAUACUCUCCUUGUCGUAGUAGGGGUCGAGGUACUAGAACUAGUACUAGUACUAGUGGCAGGUGGUUGUUCAAGUUGGACGAGCAAUUGCUGGAUCAUGGCUUGGUUGGCAUCAAAGCGUCGUUGGGCCUUCUCCGCCUGUUCCUUGUCAAAUGCGAUGCGCUCCCUUUGCAUCACACGGUCACUUUCGAGGCGCUCCAGUUGCAGUCGGAUCAAGGCGUCGUCGGUGGCUUUUGCCUGGUCUUGGUCGCGAGUGAUAGCUGCUAAGAGGAGUCGGAGUACGUCCAGUCGUUGCUGGAGUUGCUCCUUUUCUGCAGCUUCGACCUGAGCCAAGUCGACUUGAACUGCUUUGUGAGUGCUGCCUUGUUGGAGAUUCGACUCGGGAUGUUUUCGCUUCUUGGUCGUCGGGUCACUUGAUGGAUUCGGACCAACCACAACAAUCGAGUCAGAUGGAUGGGACGACACUGCACACGAUGUACUAGUAGUAGUACUAGCUCCGUCCGCAACAGCGGGUGGUAGUGGCAUGGCAGGAAUGUACCACAUGUACGGCGGCAUACCAGGUUGCAGCUGGAACGGCAUGGUUGGAUUUGUACCUGGAGUGGACGUCUGGUAUGUUGUCCCUUGGUGCCGCUGCGACGGAGGUGGUGGUGGCAUACUUGUAGUAUUACUAGCUGACGUGGCUGUAGCCGGUGUAGCCGAUGGUUUGGGGUUGGCUACC